AAUAAAAGCAAGAAAGCUCUAUACUCUUCUCACUCACGGAACAAGUGUAGAUUGCAUUACCUCUCUCUCUCUCUCUCUUCGAAAUAUUCGAAGUAGAGACAACCAAUGGAGACGGAAAGGAGGAUCAUAACGAGCUGUUCUGCCAUGACGGCUCUGUUCUUGUUCAUGACGGCUCUAAUGGCGUCGUCCUCUAUCGCAGCAACACCGACACAAUCGUUUGAAGAUAAUUUCAACAUUAUGUGGUCUGAAAAUCACUUCACGACUUCCGAUGAUGGAGAGAUCUGGAAUCUUUCCUUAGAUAACGACACCGGAUGUGGAUUUCAGACAAAGCACAUGUAUAGAUUCGGAUGGUUUAGUAUGAAGCUAAAGCUCGUCGGAGGCGACUCCGCCGGCGUCGUCACCGCUUACUACAUGUGUUCGGAGAAUGGGGCAGGACCGGAGAGAGACGAGAUAGAUUUCGAAUUUCUAGGGAACCGAACCGGACAGCCUUACAUUAUUCAGACCAAUGUGUAUAAGAACGGAACCGGGAAUCGGGAGAUGCGACAUUCCCUCUGGUUCGACCCGACCAAGGAUUAUCACACCUACUCAAUUCUUUGGAAUAACCACCAGCUUGUGUUCUUCGUGGAUAGGGUACCAAUUCGAGUAUACAAGAACAGUGAUAAGGUACCAAACAACGACUUCUUCCCGAACCAGAAGCCGAUGUACUUGUUCUCCAGCAUUUGGAACGCUGACGAUUGGGCUACACGUGGUGGUCUGGAGAAGACUGACUGGAAAAAAGCUCCAUUCGUCUCUUCUUACAAGGACUUCGCCGUCGAAGGCUGCCGUUGGAAGGAUCCAUUCCCUGCAUGCGUCUCUACCACAACAGAGAAUUGGUGGGAUCAGUACGACGCGUGGCAUUUGUCCAAGACACAGAAGAUGGAUUAUGCGUGGGUGCAGCGUAAUCUCGUCGUAUACGAUUAUUGCAAAGACAGUGAGAGGUUCCCUACUCUUCCUUGGGAGUGUUCCAUUAGCCCUUGGGCUUAAAAUCAAUUUUGUUUUGAGUGUAUUAAAGUGGAAAUGGUUUAUGUAAUAAUUUUACUCUCUUUUUUUUGGCAUUUCUUAUUUUGUUAUGGACUAUAUCCUCUGUUUAUUUAUUUAAUUAAUUAUUUAUUUAGUCGGCUAUAUUUCAUAACUGCUUUUUAAGAUGUAUAUUAACUUGAGAAUUCUUCUUACACUUA